AUGCUGCCUCUAACGUCGCACAGCAACAAACACCAGCUACUGCUGAACCACCAACGUUCAUGGUUCCCGUACAAUUGGUGCCAACCCCACGCCACGGAGGAGACUCAAGCUCUGACGCCAGCACCAACGAAAGAGGAACCUAGCGAACCGACACCGGCACCAUUGGCACGCACGGAAGACUCCGAAGUCCCAACUCCGGCCCCAGCGAAUGAGGAACCAGGCAAACCGACACCGGCACCGUCGGCACCCACGAAAGACUCUGAAGUCCCAACUCCGGCACCAACAAAUGAGGAAUCGGGUAAACCAACGACAGCAGAAGAGUCAUCUCUCUGUAUUGAAGUCUCUGUCGAGGGAGAUGCGACUUACUGCAUCCAGGGCCCGGUUUGCAGCGGUUUUGACGACGGACCAGCUGAAACCACUGUCCUGUCAGAGGUGACAUGGUUGUCAAAGACUGCAUUGAAACGAUUCCGAGUUGGAUCGGUGCUAGCGCCUGCGUGGCGCCAGUGGAUGCCCAACAACUACUGCGCUGCCAGCUCGGCAGCCAUCGGUGUCGGUAGUGUUGCCGCUAUCGUCGCUGGUGUGGGCGCUAUCGUUGCCAUCGCCGGAUUCACAGCCUACAAUUACCGCCAGAAUCGUGCGACUCGCCACGACUUCGAGAACAACAUCGUGGCCCCUGUCACGAGUCCUGCGUAA